GCUAGAUGGGCCGCGGCGGUGGGCGCACGAUCUGCGGGGACUCAUGCCACCCGCGUCCCGGCCCGGCGCGCAAUUAGCAGCCGCCUCCGCAGCCCGCCGCCGCCGCCUUCUCGCCUUCCUGGGCUGCCGCGGCGAGAAGCUGCAGUCCUUGCCUCGCACCGGCUGCCGGCAUUGUCCUCCCGUUCCGCCGCCCAAGCUGCCGCUGCCGCCGUGGGCUGCUGCGGGGCCCCGGACCCGCGCCGCAGGGACGCGCUGCCGCCGCCGCCGGUCGGUCCCCGGUCCCCGCUUGGUGAUUUCCGCGCCCUGCGCUCCUCUGCCGUCCUCUCCUUAGUUUUUCCUGCGGAGCUGAGGACGGGGAGAAGUCCAGCCGCCAAGCCCAGCCUUCCUCCGGCGUGCAGCCCCGACGGGGCCGCGGCAGGCGCGGCAAGAGCGCCGACGGAGCCAUGAGAGAGUACAAAGUGGUGGUGCUGGGCUCGGGCGGCGUGGGCAAGUCCGCGCUCACCGUGCAGUUCGUGACCGGCUCCUUCAUCGAGAAGUACGACCCCACCAUCGAGGACUUCUACCGCAAAGAGAUUGAGGUGGACUCGUCGCCGUCGGUGCUGGAGAUUCUGGACACGGCGGGCACGGAGCAGUUCGCGUCCAUGCGGGACCUGUAUAUCAAGAAUGGCCAGGGCUUCAUCCUCGUCUACAGCCUUGUUAACCAGCAGAGCUUCCAGGACAUCAAGCCCAUGCGGGACCAGAUCAUCCGCGUGAAGCGGUACGAGCGCGUGCCCAUGAUCCUGGUGGGCAACAAGGUGGACCUGGAGGGCGAGCGCGAGGUUUCGUUCGGCGAGGGCAAGGCCCUGGCCGAGGAGUGGAGCUGCCCCUUCAUGGAGACAUCGGCCAAAAACAAAGCCUCGGUGGACGAGCUGUUCGCCGAGAUCGUGAGGCAGAUGAACUACGCGGCUCAGCCCAACGGCGACGAGGGCUGCUGCUCGGCCUGCGUGAUCCUCUGAGGCGCCCGCGGCUGCCGCGCGCCGGCCGCGCUCUGCGCACAAAAGCCAAACGCACCCGACUCUUCUAAAUGUGAUUUCUCUUCUUGCUUUGAGAUUGGAGACGACUUUGCAUCAGCCGGGGUGUCCCGGGAGCCCGGCUGGCCGCCGUGGCCGCGUCCCCUGCCUCUGCCCCGUGGCCGAGGGGGUGUCCCGUCAUGACCAUCCGAGACCCGGUGGAAAUGUGGCUCUUUGCAGCAUGUACGUUUCUCAUUGAUUUUGGUUGACGCAUAUUUCCCCAUUGAAGCAGCCGUUGCGGCGCAGUAUGGCAGCUUGACACCGGCAAGCGAAAGUUUCAGCCUGGAAAAAAAAUGGGGUGGGGGAGGAAGAGGAUGGGGAGAAGGUGAAAAAAGGGGAAUUCUUUUUUUUUUCAACAACGUUUUUCUAGUUCCAAGUUUUAAAUACACGGAAGGAAGUCCGGGAGAACCAAAUGAAGGAGCAGGAUGAGAGGAAGAAACUUUUGUUUUUUCCUUGUUUUCCAGGAGUAGCUGGAAAUUAAGAUCGGGUUCCUUUUCUGCGAGCUUGGAAGGGCAACCCCGUGACUGCGAUUCUGAGGAUGUCUAUGCAAAGUUGGAUUCUUGUUACAGUAUAUCCAAUCUGAAGUAUUGCACAUCUGAACUGGGACUGUUAACACUGAUGCCAAUACAGUGUGGGGUGCCAGAAAGUGUCUGCUGAUAUUUGUGGAAAAAAAAAAUCUAUUUUGUUUACCUACUGUAUCAAAGGGGAGUCUGGGGGAGAACGGUAGUAUUUUUUUUUUUUUAAAUCAGCUGUGAAAAAAAAUGUUACAGAUCUGCACAUUUUUGUGUGUACUGUUGUGUGUGUGUUUGUUCGUUUGGUUUUUUAGAUUUAGCUUUUUUGUUCUCAUUGGUUGGCAGUAACAUGGUGUUGAUGACUAGCUCUUUAAAAUACAGUACAAGGACUUCACAAAUGUGAUUCAGGGCCCCCAGCACCCCUGUGUCUGCAGAGUGCCUUCAAAACUCAGCUGUUCCAGCCGGUGCCAACCUGUGAACUUCCCACCAGAUCCCAGAAUCUGCUAUUCCCCCCAAACCACUUCCCAGUUUCCUUUCAGUAAUCUUCCUGAAGGAGCCAGGACAAUAGGGCCUGUUGUUUGGUGAAUUUCUUUUAUUAUUUCCUCUAAAAUGUAAUUUACUUGCCUUGCAAUGGUUUUUUUUUUUUUUUUUUUCCUUUUUAAAAUUUUUUGCUUCAUUUUGUUUCAGUGUUCAGGUAUUUAGCUCCCCUUUUAUAUAAUUUUUUUUUAAUAUUUGGUUUUCUGUUAUAGGGUGUUCCUCCAGAAGCAAAGAGCAAAAUUUUACUGUUGUGAUGUACUGAGAGAAUUCUAACAAUUUGUAAUUUCUAAUUCCAGACUCACGUUUAAUCAUUGUCUCUUCAUUUUAAGAUUUUUAAUACAAACAUCAUUUUUAAAGAAACAAAUCCAAACUAUUGUUUGUGUUUCUGUGUUUCAUAUUCAGUGAUUUAAUACAGUAUCAUGAUUGAGGUGGACAGGGGCAGUACAUGGUGCCCUCAAGAGUGGUUUGUCGAAUUCUGAAGAGAGAAGUGUCUCAGUGACAAGUUGGGUGACAUUACUUCCAACUCCUUAAAUAAUGGAAAAAAAUCAUCAAGGUCUAGGAAGCCCUGGGGUAUGGUGAUAACCCUCUGACUAUAAGAUGAGUUGGAUAUUGAAUCUGUUCUGCUGACUUGGAGCAGUUUAUUUCUCUAGGAAGGGGAGAAACCAACUGCUAAGACUGCCUUAGAUCUGGGAGAGUAACCAUCCACCUGGUCAGACAGGGUAGUGCUUUUAAUUUUCUUUUUUUCUUUUUCUUUCUUCCUUUCUUCUUCUUUUGUUUUGUUUUGUUUAAAACACCUAUCCAGUUGAAAGCAUGUUUGGGGAAGAUGAUUUUCAAUUCUGAAGUCAUACCUUGUAGUGUUUUCUGCAGUACAUUUGUAUGGGUUGUGGACAGUAUCUCAACCCUUUUGAGGCUUUGAUUAGGAAAUAGAUCAUUAGAUUAAAAAAGAAGAGAAAAAGAAAAAACUAAGACAGGCCUCUUGCUCUCAUUACACUGUGCAGUUUGUGGACCAUUUUGACCUCAUGAAAUUUUCCUUCUAACAGCAGGAGGCAGUGUGAGCUUUUUAUUUUGUAUUUUAUUUUUCCUAAGGGCCGCUUUACUAAUAUAAUCUCCAUAGAAUAAAAGAAGGUGUACAACUAUAUAUAUCAAGAGCACUUGAUAUAUCUUAGAUCCAUGAAGUGUAGAUGAAGUCUUUUGAAGGGUCUUUUGACAAAGGGAUUUAUUCUGUUGAGGAAGCCAAAAUAAAUUACAGGCCAUAGGUUUUUUUAAAGCUGUAUUAACAUAUCUUGCCUUAAAAUGUUGUGUCCUUUGCCCAGGUGACAUCUCAGAAUUCCAGCAUGGAGGAGGAAUAGGGAAUUCUGCCUGGGUUGGUCCUAAGGCCGUUUUUUUCACUCUUGAUCUCACUUAAGUUUAGUAUCAAACUCAGUUAGAAGGCAAUGUAUAUAUGCUAAAUAUAUAAAUUAGGAGAAACUAUUCAAACUUAGGCUUUGCAAAGAUUCAUUCUUGCAUUUGUGUAAAUUUAGUUGAUUCAGUAGAUCUAAAGUGUUGAAAAUUCUGAAGACAUAUAUCAAGUACUAUAUAAAGGACUCUUUAAAAGGCAUUUAGUGACUAUUUCUUAUAGUUUUGUUUUGGUUUUUUGGAAGCUUUUUGACAUAAAAUGCUGGCAAGUAUCUAACUAACUUAAGAAAUGUAUAUACUCCUGACAGGGAAUUUUUGAAAACGGGAAAUUGGAAAUGAAAUAGAUUGCUGGGUGCAUUAAUCAUCUUCACACAGGAUUUAGUCACUUACAUGACUAAAUUCUUUAUAGGUCUGGGAUGGCAAGGCAGAAGAUUUUAAUAUACUUUUACUGAAUACUGUAAAAUAAAUGCUUUUUGGAUUCUCAAUGAAAGCAACUUUGUGUGUACCCCUGGAGCAGGAAAAUAGUAUUGAAUCUUGUAGCCUUCUCCAAUAUUUUCUUGACGAAAUUGAGAGAAAUUAGAGACAUUGUUUUUAAGAAUAUGUCAGUUUAUUUGGCUAGUAAGAACUCCUUCUAGAAUUAUGGUGUGAAGAGAUAAGAGCGUUUGUUUCCCUGGAAAAGUUGGGCUGACUUAAGAGUGUCAAAGGAAGUGAGAGAGGGAGGGAGGGAGGAGUUAGUUGUAAGGCAAUCACCUGUCAAAACAGAAACUGGGUGGAAAAGAAACCUUUAUCUUGGGGAGCAAAAGUUAACUUUUUAACUUGACCCCUGCUGGUUUUUAACAGCUUUUCCUUUUGGUCCCUGACAGUCAUCCAAGCUUUAUGUCAUUUUAAAGGAUUAUUUUUGUCCUCCUUUUGUAAUAGCCUCAGAAAAGUUGAAGGUAUCCUCAGAAAGUCUAACAUUUUUGUAUUUGGGAGUUAUGGUUCUUAGGUACAACAAUGUCCACCUUCUUAACUGCUGAAAUAGACUCCACUGAAUCACAUUUUAGGACCAGAUCUAUAUAGGAUUAGAAUUCUUUCAGUGUAUGAGGCUUUAUGCUUCCUGAUUUGUUAACCUUUCCUAUAGGUGGAAAUCUUAAAAUGCCCCAUUGAUUCAAAUUAUUCAGGUAGUUUUGUUUUCGCCAGCAUGUUAUUGCACCUCCUUUUGAGUUCUAUUCCAGUGUUUCUCACAGAUGGGAUGGGAAAGUGAGAGAACACUGUAUGUAGCAGCUGGUCUUGAGAAAUAGAUACAAAAUGCCUGUACCUUAACUGUCAUCAAAGGAUCUAUUUACUUUUCACAACAGCUAGAAUAAGCCCCCUACUUAAAAAUAUGAGGGUUUAAUUUGGAGAUCACCACCGUGAGUUAAAGCGAUAUCAAACAUUUGUUGCAGUGUCUACUUAAUUGGGAAAACUUGGUAAAGUCAAUUUUGUCCUGAUGAAAAUGUAGGAAAGUUUUAAGUACUGUAUAAUAGAAUAUGGUAAGGUUGAUUAUGAUAUUUUACUCAGACUACUGGGAAUAAUUAAAUGCAUUUAAUUGAACAUGGUGCUAGUUCUAGAAGAUACGUUUGAUCUAAUUAAUGACAGUAGGAUUUUGAUAGUUGGAGAAGGCUUUAGGGAUCAUCCAGUCCAGAGGAUCUCAAACUUGACCAUAUAUCAAAAUCACCUGGAGGUAAAAACAAGUCAUGCUAAGCUCUUCCUAUAGUUUCUUAUUCAGUGUAUCUGGAUAUGACCUCAUAAUUUUCAUUUCUGACAAGUUUCCAGGUGAUGCUGAUAGAGCUGUUUCAGGGACCACAUUUUGAGAACUGAUGAUGAUCUAGUCCAAACUCCAAAUGAGUACUGAGAGCUACCUAGAUAUUUAGGGACACAGACUUAAGACCCAUGUCACACAUUUAGAGUGCUGCCUACCACAAAGUCAUGGAAUAAUCUAGACUGAAUUCUGUAGCUAUUGAGGACAUAUGCCAGUUACACUAAGAGUGUUAAACUGUGGAGUGUGAAUGGGGCCUGGCUGAGUGACCAUGUUCAUAUUAGUAUGUGAAUAGUUGGGUUCUGGUUUUCAGUAUUAAUUCAGAAGGUAACGAAAGUGAAAGUGAAUAAAUGAUUAGAAUAGGGGCGUGGCCUAAAUAAUCAGAAUCAACAUUUUCUCUCAAAAAAAUUCUUUUUGAAAAAUCUUUGAUAAAGGGAACACUUUUAAGUAUUUGUCUUCUCUUACUUCAAUAUUAAAAGGCAAGAAUUUUAAUUUUUUAUGAUUCCUAGUAAGUAUUUUAAAAAGUUAUAUUUGAGAAUUUAAAUCUUCAGGUCAUAGUAGGCACAUGUGUGUGUCAAUAUGUAUAUGUGUGUGAGUGUGUGUUAAUACAUACAUUCAGUUUCUUAGCCAGACUUUCCAGGAAUCAGUCCAUUCAAUGGCAUUUAGUUCUAUAGUUAUCCAUCCUGGGACAAUGAACAGCAUAAAAUGGUGCCGUGCAUUUGUUUCAUUACAUGUCUUAUCUUUUGGAAUGGUGAGUGUUGAUCUAUUUUGUAAAUUGGAGGGGGCAGCUAUUUAUAUUUUUCCUUUGUUAUUAAACAAAUCUCUGAGGAAAUGUUUUUCUUAAAAAUAGAGUAGGAAGUACAUGCUUUUUUGUCCAAUUGACUAAACUUGCUAUUUUUUAAACUAAUUAUCUGGCAAAAUUAUGUGUGCCUAAGUUUAUCAGAGGUUUGAAGAUGUGUGGUUGGUUUAUUUGUGGUAAUUGUGCAAAUACAGCAAAAACAUUUUUUUAAAAGUAGAAAAUAUUGAUGCGUUGAGGAUACAGGUACCCAAAAAGGCCCAAGAUUAUUCCUUGAUUGUUAAGAAGAUGUUUACAGGGACUUCCCUGGCGGUCCAGUGGUUAAAACUUUGCCUUCCAAUGCAGGGGACGUGGGUUCAAUCCCUGGUCGGGGAGCUAAGAAACCACAUGCCUCACAGCCAAAAAACCAAAACAUAAAACAGAAGCAGUAUUGUUACAAAUUCAAUAAAGACUUUAAAAAUGGUCCACAUCAAAAAAAAUCUUUUUUAAAAAAAAAGAAUAUGGUUACAGUGGAAAUUGGUAGACAUAGGAGAAACUGAUUUAUUCAUUAUUCAGCAAGCAUUUAUCGAGCAUAUACUGUUAGCUGUGGUGUAAGGACUAAUCCUUAAAUAGGCAGAAGCCAGGCAAGAGAGCAAUAGUUUUGUGCUUUUAUCACCAUAAGCUGUGAAAAUAGCAUAUAUUAAACAGUAGGAGUAUGUGUAAAAGCACAGUUACCUGUGCCAUCAAUUACAAUAGAAUCCUGUGGGUCUGUCUGGCAGGCAACAGAAUAGAUAAAAUUUGUUAAAAAUUGGAACUUUACUUUGAAAUGUAUGUGGAUAUUGCAAAUAAAAAUGGAUCCCAUGAGGUUUAAGUAACUAAUAGUUGUUUUGUUGCAUGUGGAGCUCUGUAGUUUUGUGAAUCAUUUCCAACUAACUUUCUGAGAUUAGCUAAAAUUGAAUAUUUAGAAAUAAGUCAGUUUACUUUUAUAUUUUCAUGUCAAAGGGAGGAGGGGAAAUAGACCUAUGAAAUUUGUUCACUGUUUUUAUAUUUUUCUUUUAUGAGGAAACAAAAAAGGGAAGGACAAUUUAGGUUAUAUUCUUAAAGAAACGACUGUUGGCAUAAGGUUAUUUUGGGCUCCUCAUGUAAAGAAGAUUCAGGGUAAAGUAUUUCUUUUGAAAAAGAUAAUCUCCUAAAAAUGAGUGUGCCAAAGAAUUAAGCUAUUUUAAGUUUGCUAAGCUUAUAGUUAUUUUAUACAGAAGCUCUUGUUCUCAAGCCUUUAGUGCUUAUUGAAGAAGGCAGCCAGCUCAGAGAAAGAAAUGUUGGGCAACAAACUAUUUAUAAGAAGUAACUAUAAUAGCAAUUAUUGUAAAACCAUAUGAACUAAAGGGAGUUGUGAUUAUUAACCUCCUGCAGUUUGCAAAAUGAUCUCUAGUGACUCUUUUGUGUAGAAUAUCUCAUGAAUUUAACAACAUGCUUUUUAAAUGUAAAAAGUCACAGAAUUACAGAGAGAAUAGUUCAUCUGAAAGUACUUCAUUGUUUAUUUUUUUUAAAAAUCUGAUUAUUACUGAACCAUUUAUGAGAUGAAAAUUUAUUACUUAUAGUUUUAUAGCUAAAGUAGGGGGUCUUCAUGUUUUACAUCUGACCAUUUAUAAAAAGUUUUCAAAAUUUGGGUUAAGUCAUGAACUCAGAAUAUUUUAAUGUUAUUUAAUAUUUGCAUAGUAAUAUAAUAUUUCAAAAAUAUUCUUUUUAAAGGCUAACAUUAUAUUGAAUUAUAUCUCUUUCAAGAAAAGAGCCUGUAGAGAUCUGUACUAGUACCAGCAUAAUUCUAUAAGAACAUAUAUAUCAAUAACAUAUUUUAAAAUAUAUUUUAGAUAGUUUUGCAUUUACAUUUGUAAGUAGGUAAGGAGAAUUGCAAGUGUAUCUCUAAGUUUGAUUUCAACAUCAUUCAGCAUCUAGUAGAAAGUUUAAUUUCAACAUCAUUCAGCAUCUAGCCUUGAGGUGGGAGUUCUUUACUCUGAGUUUGGUUAUCUUAGCUUUACUUUAUCAUAUUACCUGUUAUUUUUCUUUUUUGUAUAUCAUUUCAUUUCUCUACCUCAGCUUUAUGCAAAUGGUUUUCUCUGUCACAUAUGUAAUCCGUAUUAAUCGAUAAAAAAAAAAUCUAAGAACUGCUUAACUGAUGGCUAUAUAAAUGUGCUUUCCGUGUAAUAGUGUAAAGGGAAAAGUAUUUUUCACACUGUUUGAGGGCCAGACUGAAACAAAGCCAACUAGUCAGAGAAGAUUGCCUACUAAACAGAUAUUACCUUUUGGUGUCAGCAUAGCCUUUGCAUUUCAUUUUUAAAACUAAUAAGGGAAAUUUUUAAAAACUGAGUUCAAUCGUAGGAAUAUUCAUUUUCAUAUACUUACAAAAGCCUAAAAAUAUUUCCAGGCCAUCUUUUCUUCUUUACUGAUCUUUUGCUGAGGUCAAAAAAUGAGAAAUAACCCAUGCACUCUCUUUGAGAGAAUCUUAUACCUUGAAAGGCAGGGGCAACAAUAAACAAUAACUUAAUCUGAAGGGCAAAA